UUUAGUAUUAGGUUCUGUGCCCCGUGAAAUUUGAUAAAAAAAUUAUUGCGUUUUUAUUUACACUAUUUCUAUCUUCAAACCCAAUUGUAUGCGUCUUAUGUGUUUAUUAAAUAUGUUAAUACUAUUAUCAAAUUAAAUAAAAGUAUGUACGUAUAGUCUUUAGACAAAGUUUGUAUAACAUUUCUUUGUUCUCGUUACGGAAGCUGCUACAAUGUCUCCAAUGGCAAACAUUGCAAUUUUCGUGCUAACUUUACUAUUUCAUCAGAGCUAUACAUAUAAACCUGUGGUUUUAAUUCACGGUAUCAUGACUGGAAGUGGUAGUAUGGAAAUGAUAAAACGUAGAAUAGAAGAGAAACAUCCUGGCACAAUAGUUUAUAAUGUUAAUAGGUUUGAGAGCUGGUCCAGCCUGGAAACUAUGUGGCAUCAAGUUUUGGAGAUAGGAUUGGAUGUUGCAAAUAUCUCGAGUAAACACCCGGAGGGAAUUAAUCUUAUUGGUUAUUCCCAAGGUGGUCUAUUAGCACGGGGCAUAGUAGAAACAUUCUCAAAUGUAUCUGUUAGCACAUUUAUAUCUUUGAGUUCACCGCAAGCUGGACAAUAUGGAGCUGGAUUCCUCCACGUCGUUUUCCCUGGACUAGUCAAAGAAUCAGCUUAUGAGCUAUUCUAUUCUAGGGUUGGACAGCACACGUCAGUCGGCAACUACUGGAGAGACCCAUACCAUCAGACGUUAUAUGAGUCAUACAGUGUAUACCUGCCUUAUAUUAAUAAUCAUAUUAUAUCCGCGAAGUCCGAUGAUUUCAAAAAUAAUUUGCUCCGAUUAAAGAGGCUUGUACUCAUUGGUGGACCGGACGACCAAGUGAUCACGCCCUGGCAGAGCAGUCAAUUCGGCUACUACGAUACCAACGAAACGGUUGUGGAGAUGCGAGGUCAGGAUAUAUACUUAUCAGACAGGAUCGGUCUCAUGACUCUGGACAAGAGCAAGCGGUUGCACAUUGUGACCGUCCCCGGAGUGAACCACUUCAGUUGGCAUAUGAAUGUGAGCAUUGUUGACGAUUAUCUUCUACCGUAUCUAGAUUAAAGGUAUUCAAAGUUAUUCAGAGGUUAAUUAUAUUGAAAGUCCUUGUAAUAUUAUCACGUAUGGUUUUUUUUUAAUUGUACAAAGUGUAUGCAUUUUUAAGUAGUAGGGUUGUCAAUUCUCUUUGGAAUUUUGGAGGGUAAAAAUGACGUGAAUUUUUUUUUGCGGUAAUAAUUUCUAGAAGAUAAAAUAUUAUUUUGUAUAAUUGUUUUAUUUCGAAAAUUUCGUAAACUCGCUAACUCUCAAGUGUCAAUUCGGCAUUCAUUACUAAUCUACCAAAAUCAUAUGUUUUUUAUUUAAUAACACUCUUACAAGCACUUUUUAAUCACGUUACACAAUUAAAUUAAAUGUAAAGCAAAGACAUAUGUAUAACAUUGUAGAAUAAUUUUAUUGGUAUCUUGGUACCUUCAAGAAAUUGCUACAAAAUGUGAUUUUUAAAUGUUUCUAAGAAAUGUGACAACCCUACUAUGCUUUCCAAUAACUAGCCUUUUCCGACAAUAGGAGGAGUAAACACACAUAAACAAUUUUGACAUAAAUUGACGUGAAAUCAUUGGUCGAUAUCUUGAAUAUUAUCUAUAUAUAUUCAUUAUGGUUUCGCGAAAAAAAAUGGCGUUUCGUUGUUGACUUUGGAAGUAAAAUUUAAGUGUUUAUAGAGAUUUAAUUGGAAUAGAAUUUCUUUGUAAAUACAUAUGUAUGAUAUAGAAUUCGUACGAGCCAUUACCAUGAAAUAUGUAAAUCUAAUUUGUUUAUCUUUAUUCCUUCUUCGAUUGGAAUAUAUUAAUUUAAGUGAGUAAUUAAAGUGUGCAAUUGGCUUUAUAUUUCGUCUUUAUUCGGAUGUGCCAAAACAAUUCCUAUUAGUUAUGUAUCGUUCAAUGUAUUAGUUUUUAUUACAAUACUCAUAUAAUCUUAAAUUAUCGUGAUAAAAAUGUUCAUAAGCGCUCAGUAUGUACCGUGUUAGUAAUCGUUUUGUAAUAACUAAUAAUAUAAUUCAUGUAUUUGGGUAUUUGCUUAAUUUUAAUGGACAAUUAUUUAAAAAAUUAAAUAAAGUACUACUAGUGCCAUCUGCCGACAAAACGUGCCAAGAGUGUUUGUGACGUCAUAAUGUUAAUGUGAAAUCGCAGAAUGCGAGUUUAUUAUUGUGAUACUAAAAUAAGUUUCAAUAAUUACUUUUUAAUCGAUUAUCUUUACAUUUGUUUUAAAAAAUAUUGUGAUUGUCUUGUCGUAUUUAUUACUGAUUAUUUUUAUUAAAAUAAAACAGUUAAGAAAUACCCAAUUACAUUUACAGUAAGCAAUAGUUUUUAUUCAUAAAUCAUUUUAUUAUGUACAAAAUACUAAUAUUAUAAGAAUUAUAUUCUUUUAAUAUCGAAAUCGGAAUCGGAAUCUCAUCUUAGUAAAGAGGCUCUCUUACUUAAUUAUACGGCCUCAGUUAUAAGUUGUACAACGGGUGAUUAGUUAAACAAUGCUGUCUCCUUUUUUCGAAUGUCAAAUCGAUGAUGAUAGAAAGAGCGAAAUAUGUGUUUAACUGUACAGCUGUUGCUUACCUUUAUAAAUAGGGUUGGUAUUUUUUAUAAUUUUGGCUAACGUUUUUUAAUAUAUUUAUAAUGAUAUUUUUAGUUGUUAUUUAAAUAAUAAUAAUGUGAUAGGUAAAGAGAAAUGUGUAGUGAAAAGCUGUUUAUUAUUUUCGUGUUAUUUGACCAAAGGCAUUACAUUUUUUUUUUUGUAAUUUGGGCAAAAACGGGUACAGUCGGAAUUUGUAGUAUGUUUAGGGUAUUUUUUUUUAAUUAUAAUAUAUUGUUUUUUUUUGUUAAUAUAAGCGAAUCAAACGGCGGCUGGCAAUGCACUAGCUUAUUUAAUAUACAGAUUAAAAAUACCAUAAAUAUAAUGUCACCCUAUACACAUACAACAAAAUUAAAAUUAACUUGUAUCGUAAUUUUAUUAUGAAAGAUUAUCAUAUCAAUCAUGAUUAAUACUGAUAUUAUAAAUGCGAAAUUGUGUUUCUUUGUUUGUUACGCGUUAAUGUACUAACUAUUCGUGUACUACAGUAACAGCCUGUUAAUGUCCCACUGCUGGGCUAAGGCCUCUUCUCCCUUUUGAGGAGAAGGUUUGGAGCUUAUUCCACCACGCUGCUCCAAUGCGGGUUGGUAGAAUACACAUGUGGCAUAAUUUCAAUGAAAUUAGACACAUGCAGGUUUCCUCACGAUGUUUCCCUCCACCGUCAAGCACGAAAUGAAUUACAAACACAAAUUAAGCACAUGAAAAUUCAGUGGUGCUUGCCCGGGUUUGAACACACGAUCAUCGGUUAAGAUUCACGCGUUCUAACCGCUACAGAUGGCCAUCUCGGCUUUUAUUCGUGAACUAACGAUCGUGAAAUUUUGCACAGACGUUGCCACGUAUACAGAAAAUGAUAUAGGGUACAUUAGACCCCGAACAAAUGAUAUAUGGUAUAUGAACCCUAGACCCGGAAUGAAACAUAGUAGCUUGCUUUUUAUAACAAUGAUAGAAGCUAGAUUAUUUACUUCUUUACUAAUUACAUGCUCUUUUAUUAUGUAUCGAAUAUGUAUUAAUCUAUUGACUAAUUUUCAUCUUGAACUUUUUUGGGAUGAAGGAUACACUUUAUCAUAGAUUUUAUAAGGGGUUAGGAUAUCCCUAUCCUGCUCGUGGUUUGAUAUAUAUUUAUACUUUAUUAAAGUUAUCUUAUACAAGCUUUGACUUAACAUAUUACAAGGUAAAAUAAUAAAGCUGUCAACGAAACGAAACGAGAAGAAUCGAAAUCAAAAUAAAAAUUCCUUUUCAUUGUUCCAAAAUUCAUCAUCCGUUUUAGUUGAGCUCGGGGGUCGUAUUUAAUAAUAUAUUAUUAAUGAAUUGACGCAUUUUAUGAAAGCCAUAUUUUAUUGUAAGCGAUAAAAACACUUUUUUUGUAUAAAAUGUGAAAUAAAACACAAUUAUAUGUAAUGUAUAACAAUAUAUAUACAUAUAUAUGAAUCGUAGAUUGCAAUUUUACAGCAUGUAUAAUUUAGGUAAUUUAUAAUAAACAUAAGU